AUGGGCUUCUUCACCUCCCCAACGUCGUUUCGAUUGAAUUCUGUUGCUGCGGGCCACAACGUCUCCUCCGUCGCCGAAAAUGCCUUUCAGACAUUCGCCUUCCUCUCGACGCGCGGUAAUACACAUGAAUCACACCCGCCCAUUGGGAACCUUAUCCUUCUGGUCUUCGAGGCCGUUCUAGAGGUGGUAUGCGUGAGCUUGCCAGGUUACAUUGUGGCAAGACAGGGCAUGUUCGAUGCCGAAAACCAGAAGUUUGUUGCGAAUCUCAAUGUGGCAUUAUUUACGCCAUGUCUAAUUUUCACCAAGUUGGCGUCUCAACUGACGGCCGAUACUCUGGCCGACCUAGCCAUCAUCCCAUUGAUCUUUGCCGUCCAGACCCUCGUUUCUUACUUGGUCUCUCUGGCGGUAUCCAAAGCAUUCGGUUUCCAGAAAAGACCCGCAAACUUCGUCACUGCCAUGGGAGUCUUCGGAAACUCAAAUUCCCUUCCAAUCUCCCUCGUCAUCUCGCUCGCGGCAACGCUGAAAGGUUUACAUUGGGAUCAAAUUCCGGGAGAUAACGACGAUGAGGUAGCGGCAAGAGGAAUUCUAUAUCUUCUAAUAUUCCAACAACUGGGUCAACUGGUGAGAUGGAGUUGGGGAUAUCAUGUCUUGCUAGCACCGGCCGAGAAAUAUGAGACGGCAAGCGACAUUUCGGACAUGGAGGGAGGGUAUAGAGAUGAUCCAACCGAUGAACUGAUUCCUGGGUUGGAUGGCGGCCACGACGAUCACGAAGACGGCAUGUUGCACCCUUCUAGCUCAUCUGUUUCUUUCGAAUCGGGAGGCAGGACUCCAAUUUACAAUGCCCAGUACGCAGGAUCAAUCAAUAUGGAGAACGAGGACAAUCACACCAGGAAGAUGCCUGACCUUCUUGCAACUCCAGCCAACGGAAACCAGUUUCCAAACGAUCGCUCAAAUGGCAAUAUGACUUCUUUCCCGGCUAUUCGCAUUCCGUCACAGGAGGAGGAAAAUAUACCAGAAGGUUGGAGAGGUAUCAUCCCAUGGAUCAGCUUACGCACCAAGCAAGCGCUGGUAAAAGUUGCGUUUGUUGUGUCUUGGCCAUUCAAGAAAUUAUUCCACGCACUUCCAACGGCAGUUCAAAAUCGAUCAGCGAAGAUCUAUAAUGGCUUCUGGGAGUUUAUGAACCCACCUUUGUGGGCUAUGUUGGUAGCAAUCAUCGUUGCUUCUGUCCCAUCACUUCAACGACUAUUCUUUGAAGAAGGCUCAUUCGUGGCCAAUUCCGUCACUCGUGCAAUUUCACAGUCAGGUGGCGUGGCCGUUCCUCUCAUUCUAGUCGUCCUUGGGGCGAAUCUAGCUCGAAACACUCUUCCUCAGAGCGCGAUUGACGAAAACUCCGAGGAAAACAAAAUCGGUACAAAACUACUCAUCGCCUCGCUCAUCUCCCGCAUGCUUCUGCCAACCCUCAUCAUGGCACCAGUACUCGCAAUCACCGCUAAAUUCGUCCCCAUCAGCAUUCUUGAUGACCCCAUUUUCAUCAUUGUUUGCUUCUUGUUGACGGGUGCACCAAGUGCUUUGCAACUAGCUCAGAUCUGCCAAAUCAAUGGUGUUUACGAGGGCGUCAUGAGUAAAUUGCUGUUCCAGAGUUACGUCAUCUGGAUUCUCCCAUCCACCCUCAUCCUAGUGAUGUGUGCGCUCGAAGUCGUUGAGUGGGCUGCUGCUUCAUAA